AUGCCUCCUCUCGACCUGAAUGAGAACAAUUGGAUCGUCCAAGUCGAGGAGAGCCUCAAGAGCAAGACCUCCGAUGACCAACGGCACUGGAACAAGCGGUCCAUCUACAGGGUCCCCGCCCACAUCACCAACCUCAAAAGCGAGGCCUACCGGCCGCAGGCUGUCUCCUUCGGCCCCUUCCACCACGGCGAGGACCACCUUCGUCCCAUGGAGGACCACAAGCACCGCGUGCUCGUCCACUUCCUCAGGCGGUCCGGGAAGCGCCUAGAGCACUUCCUUGAGUCCCUGAGGGAGGUGGCGGGGGACCUUGAGGAGAGCUACGACACGCUGGACCCGAAGUGGAUGGAGGGUGGUGGCAAAGGCGUGGCGGGCUUAUUUCUGCAGCUUAUGAUCACUGACGGUUGCUUCAUGCUCGAGAUCCUAAGGUUCACAAAUAAGGAGGUGGAUGACUAUGCGCCUAACGACCCCAUCUUUAGCGAGCACGGGUGGCUUUACAUACUUCCUGUCAUUGGUCGGGACAUGCUGCUGCUGGAGAAUCAGCUUCCCAUGCUAGUACUGGAACGGCUGGUCGCCGUCUGUAAUGGCAAGAAGGAGGAAGAAUACAUCAACAGGCUCAUCCUCAACUUCAGGGGAGCCAGCGAGAACAAUCCAAGCAUGGGAAAAUGCCUGCACGUCCUGGACGUCUUCAGGAAGAAGCGGGUCCAUCUCAAUCCGGACCAAGUGGUGAGCAUGGACAACCUGAACAACGCGUGCAUGGGAACAUGCCUGCACGUCCCGGACGUCUUCGGGAAGAGCCUGCUAAUGGAGUCCAAGAAGAAUAAAAAGAGGAAGGGCAAGGACAGCGAGGAGGUAAUCCCACCAGCCACCGAGCUCUGUGAGCACGGGAUCCAGUUCAAGCAAAGCAGCACCGACAGCCUCAAGGAGAUCUCCUUUGGCAGCGGGGUCCUGAGGCUCCCCGUGAUCGUGGUAGACGACACCACCGAGUCCAUGUUCCUCAACCUCAUUGCGUUUGAGUGCUUCCAUGUCGAGGCUGGGACCGAGGUCACGUCCUACAUCUGCUUCAUGGACAACCUCAUCAAUGAGGCGCCGGAUGUUGCGCUGCUCCGCAAGAAGAGCAUCAUCGAGAAUUACAUGGAGAGCGACGAGGCAGCUGCCAAGCUGUUCAACUCGCUGGCCAAGGACGUGAUGCUCGACCCGAACGGCGGGCUCCAUGGCGUGAUCAAGAAGGUCAGAGAAUACUGCAAGGAGAGAAGGCACGAGUGGAGGGCCAGUCUCAUGCACACCCACUUCAGGAAUCCUUGGGUUAUAUUGUCUCUCUUUGCCGCCUUCCUCCUCUUCGGGCUUACCAUAAUUCAGACCAUAUAUACCGUGCUCGGCUAUAAAAAAUGA